UUUCGUUCGUUUGAAUUUUGCAACGGCUUGUUGUGUCGUGUUUAAAUUAAAUUAAAGGGAAUUGUUUGCCCUUUUAUUAAUAUUAUUGUAAAAUGAGUAAGCAACCUGAAAUUACCGAUGAAGAAUUUGUGCCUUUCCUUCAUAGCUUGGGUGUAGAGACGUAUAAAAAAUCGUUUGAAUGGAUGUUGGGCGACCCUUCGUUUUCUGGUGUUUUUACAUGGUUGUACAAAAAUUUAGACCACAACAAUGCAUUAACGACUCGUGAACAAUACAGAUAUUCUGAACUGGAGAAGAAUGAUUACCUCCUCUCCGAUGAAGACUUAGAGUCCACUCUAGCAGCCAUAAAAGAGGAGUACCCGGGAAUCAGCAUACCAGGGGACUUGGAAGCACUUGAAGAUGUCAAAUUUGACAUCAAUGUGCAGAAAGAAAAGCUACAUGCUUUGGAGAAACAGGAGAGAGUUUACAAGGAAUUAAUAAAGCAAAAUGAGCUAUCAAAAGAACAAUUGACGAUAGAGACAACCAAGCUACAGGCAUGUGAGCAGCAAUACCUAAAUGAGUGUGGCGCAUGCGCGGAGCAGUGUUUGUCGUACGCGCAGGACGUCGAGGCGCGCACGGACUCCGUGCUGCGCGUCAUAGCUACAGCGCUGCAACUGUAUGCGAGCACGCAGCAUGAUAAGGAAACAGCUCAGAAGUUCGUAUCGUUCGGUCCGCUCGAGCAGUACCGGCAGUCUCAAGCGCUGUUCAAGUCCCACUUCGAUCUGUACACUGCUAGAAAGUUCCAUAGACGACAAAACGACAGCUUCACCGAUGAUGAUCUACGCACUGCUCUCGUUGAAGCCAGGAAUUUGGAAGACAGAUUAUCAGAUGCUGCCACUGCCUACAUCGAGUCUCUAGCAGAGCUGUGCGGCGAGCAAGCUAAAUUGGAGCUUGUGGGUAAUUACAACAAUGUGCAUCCCAGUCAGAUUACAACAUAUUCGGUGGAAGCCCAGACGGCUCUGGAACUACUCGUCCAAGAGGAGGCUAUCUUGGACCAGCAGAUACAAGACGCCAUCAAAGAAAUGGUGACGUCACGAACGAAGCUCGCCGUUGACACCACCAUACAGUCUGCUUUGGCUGUGAGAGAGCAGAUAAACACAGAUCUGUCCCGCCUGCUGGACACGUCGCACCAGGCCCUGUCCCUGGACAGGCUGCUGUACUGCGCGCUGCGUGUGGAACUGCGCGCGCUGCUGCAGCUGCUGCAGUUCGCGGCGCAGCUGCGCGCGCACGCCACGCAGGACGCACAAGCCGUCACGGAGAGGAUCGAAUCAAUGAACGAGAUCCUCUCCCAGCAACAAUCAAGCACUGCCAACCUGCAACAUUCGGAUAUAUUGCUCCAUACGUUGCGUGACAUACUGGGCGCGCAGUCGGAAGACGCGGUGGUGUUGGUGAAGAUGUACAAUGACCUCCACAGCAAGCUAGCACUGUUGGCUACUGACGUCCGAGAGGGGUACGCAAAGAAGGAAGAGGCGGUUGAGGACUUAAAAAAGGCCUCCGGUCCACUGAGAGAGUACAUCAGCACCGGGUGUACGAGGCAGCCUCAAAUAUGGGACCGCACCGUGGCCGCGCUGACGCACAGCUUGACACGACAACUGACUGCCAUAGAGAGCACUGUGCUUGAUGUCGGGGGUCUGUUCUCGCAAGUUAAGAACGGUGAUAAGCAGAACCUGAGGAAACUGUGGCAGUGGUUCCUCACCGACCCUCCGCGACUACAAGCCGCUGUCAAAGGUGUUCAGACUGGCGGCUAUGCGUAAGGGCUAUGAAUAACAUCAUAAGAGAAUACGUUUAAUCUUGUAUAAAAUAUAAAUACAACACAACAACAUUGAAGAACACAACAACAACAACACAACACAUUAAACAAAACAACACACACACAACACAACACAACAAAACAAACAUUAACACACAUAACAUAACAAACAACAACAACAUAACAACAACAUAUUGUUUAUUUUAACAUUAUUAAAGUCGUAUGAAUGAAUGUCCUUUUAAAAUCCAAACAUAUAUAUAAGUUUUAUUAUUUUUUUAAUUAUUAUCAAUUCUACUUCUGCGAUCGAAAAUUCCACUUGAUAUUAACUCAGAAUAAUGAGCUAAAUGAGCCCCCUCAGUAUUCUUUACGAUGUCACUUACACCCCGUACCAGUACAUACAGGUAGCCAUACAAGUAGGUAUGGGUGUUAGUGACACCGUAACGAAUACUGAGGAGGAUGAUUCAGACCAUGAAUUUCCUGUCGGAAAAAUUCAUGUCUUUUUGUUUUUUUAAAUUAUUUUCCAUUCCAUACUUUUGCGACGGAAAAAAUCCACUUGAUAUCAACUCAGAAUCAUGGCCUGAAUCAUCCCUCAAAGUUUUCGUUACGAUGUUACUAACACACUGUAUACAUUUAUAUAUUUGUACACUACAUCCUGCGCUAUUAUUCAAUAAAACAAGCAU